UCAUGCUGCCCAGGCCCAAGUCUUCAGGGGUCCCUAAAAGGGCCCUCCCAUUGCUGCUGUCUCCAUCGCCACACUCUGCCUGGCCACUUUCAGGUCUCCUCACACUGCCUGGUGGUUACCUUUUUUGUCCAUAGGGUGCUGGCAGAUUACGGGCCUCCCAUAGCUGCUGCAGGCCCCUAAUCUGCCAUGGGCCCCUAUACCGCCUCCUCAUGCUGCUGCCAGUCUCAGAGUCUCUCAUGGGUGUCCCUGUACGGCCUCCCAUUGCUAAAGCUGUCUCCAUCGCCACACUCUGCCAUGUGCCACUUUCAGGUUCUCCUCACACUGCUGGUGUAUUCCAUUUUUUGU